AUGGGGAUACGAAAAAAAGGGAUGAAAAAGGGGAAUCGUAGUCUGGUGGGAAAGGUUUUUGGGGAGAAGAAGGUGAAUUUUUUUGGGGUAAAAAACGCAAUGGAGAAGUCAUGGAAACAGAAGGGGUUGAUUGAGGUCGAAACUUUACAAGCUAACACUUUCCAAUUCGUCUUUGCUAGUGAAUCGGAGAGAGAUGUGCGGUUGAAGGCUGGGUAUUGGAAAGAGGAGCGUAGAGAGGUGCAUGAGAAUAAUAAUGGGGUAUAUGUGUUUAAAUCUUUAGUAGAUAAGGGACUGAAUAGAUCUGAGGAAUUGAGGGUACAACUGCGAGAUGGGGUGGAGCUGGAGAAUGGAAAUGUAAAAGCCAGGGAGAAGGGAGAGACGAGUGGGGUGACUUUGGAGGAGAAGAAGGCAGACCAGCAAGUAGGAAGGCUGGAACAGGAGGCUGAUGGCAGCAAGAAAUCGUGGGCUGAGAUAGUGGGCAUGGGACAUGAGGGAAAGGAGAGAGGGGAGGUGGGAGGAGUGGAUUAUAAGGUGGGUCUGGGAGGGGGAUUCAAGCUUGGUACAACACUGGCUGAUCUUAUGCGAGAGGCAAAAGAAGCAGGAAAGAUCCCGGUGUAUAAUGGUGGGGAAGGGGAAAAGAGACGUACGUAUCCUCUUCAAGAUGAAGUGAUUGAGGAUAUAAACUCUGAAGAUGAGAAAAUUUAUGAGGAAUAUGAGCAGAGAGUAGCAAGAAGGGUUUUAGGAGAUGUAACUAAUCUUCCAGAAAAGAUUGCUACUCAAAAGGAGGAAGCAGGUAAGAAGAAGGGGCAGUGGAAGAAGAGAGCAAGGCUAGAGUUGACAGGGCAAGAGGGAGGGAAAGUAGGGUUUAAGGAUAGGUUAUUUAUGGUGGAACAAUUGGGAAGAAAGGGUGGUACGGCAGUGGGUUGGAGUGAGGAGGUGGUUGUGUAUGAUAUCUUAUCGUCUGAGUUUAGUAUAGAGGAGCAAGGAUUGGGGAGGAGAUGGUUUAUUGGAGAUGAUUUUAAUGAUAUAGGGAAUGGUACUGAGAAGAGGGGUGGGAGGAUCAGGAGAACUGGUAGGUUUUUGGGUUUCUGUGACUUUAUAAGGGGGAUGGAGAUGGAGGAAGUGGAUUUUGUGGGGAGGAAUUGGACUUGGGCCAACAACAGAGAUGGAGAAGGCUUCAUAGAGAAAUGUCUUGAUAGAUUUUUUGGUUCAAUUGCAUGGCUAGUAGAAAAUGGUGAGGCUAAGGUGUUACAUGUUGAAGGACACUCCUCAGAUCACUGUAUGCUGGUAUUAGACACAAAACCAGAAACCAAAAGGAAGAAGUCAAGGUUUUAUUUUGACAAGCGAUGGAUUGGGAAAUCAGGAGUAGAAACAAUCAUUAAGGAUGCCUGGUCAGGGUCAGCUGAGGGCUCUCCUAUGCAUCAGCUGGUAGUUAAAAUUAAGAGGUGCAGAUUAGAACUCCUGAAAUGGAGUAGGGGGCAGAAUUUGAACCCUAGUAGGGAGAUUAAGAGAAUCUCGGGGGAAAUGGAUGGAUUGAAAGCACAAGGGGGAGCUAGGGAUUGGGAUAAGUGGAAAAGAUUGAAAGAAGAACUUGUGGAAAGUGGAUACCUUGCAGCAGUUGCUUAUCCCAUAAGAAGUUCAAUUUGUUCUCAGAAUGCCACUAAGAAUUCAUGGCAUUUCGGUGGGAACAGGAUAGAGGCUGUGGAUGUGAUUCAGAAGGCAAUGGUGGAAUGGAAUGAGUACUUUCUAGCCCAACAGAAAAAGAAACCAGCCAGGAUGGCCACUGAGGAAAUAUAUGAAGUUCAAGGUUGGAAGGGACCGGAAGAUGGUCUAGUGCGUAUCAAUGUAAGUUCAGAGAUGGAUGGAAGUAGUUCAACUGCCGGCUUGAGAUACUGCUUGAGGAAAGUAGGAGGAAAAUUGAUCGUGACAAAAGCUAUUUACAAGCACCAUGUUCAAAACUCCCUUGGUGCAGAAAUGGAGGCUGUUAGGGAGGGGUUGAAAGAAGCUCAGAAGCUUAAGAGCCCCAGGUUCGUGGGGCUUGAGCUGCCGUUGAACGCCUUGGAGGCGACCGUUAAGAAGAUACAGCGCAUCCUUGGGACGGAUGACGACCAAGUAAGUUUCUUUGAACGGGUUAGUGACCUUGCAGACCGCGUGGAAGCCUUAGAGAGACGGGCUUGCGGUGAAGGCACGUCGUCCUCCAGGUUGGGAACAGACAAUGCCUUAGAAUCAGUUAAACAGGACGUGCUCAUCCUCAAGAGAACAAUAGAGAAGUGUAGCACAUGGUUGGAACGGGAAGAGGACCAGAGAACGGUGGAGUCACUGGUUCAAGAUGUGGUGUUGCUAAAACGGGCACUAGCAAGUAGCAUGCCCGUGGAGAGUGAAACCAGAACAGUAUGUUGGUGGGAAAAUCACUGCAGUUUGGUUGCUCUUUCUCAAACUUUGGCGUAUCAACAUAUGCGGAAGUUUUGUUCUGUUCGGGGCCAGGAUAGUCUAAACGAAACUUUGGAAUAUCCUGUAUCAACCAACAGUAUCAAUAUUGAUGUGAAUGCUGAAGAUAAGAAAGAUGUCCCAGUUAAGCCUAAGAAAAGGGAACCAAUUGAUUUUACCGAGAUUGAUAUCAAUAAGCUUCCAACUGUGCUUCUGAUAGGGCGACCAAAUGUUGGCAAGUCUGCAUUGUUCAAUCGAUUAAUACGGAGGAGGGAGGCCCUUGUGUAUAAUACACCAACAGACCAUGUUACGCGGGACAUUCGAGAAGGGGUUGCAAAAUUAGGUGAUUUGCGGUUUAGGGUUUUGGAUUCUGCGGGUUUAGAGGCUGAGGCCUCCUCUGGUUCAGUGCUUUCCAGAAGUGCUGCUAUGACUAAACAUGUGUUGGCAAGAUCUCAGUUUGCUCUCUUCCUUAUAGAUGGAAGAGAUGGGUUACAUGACAUGGAUUUGGAUGUGGGGAAAUGGUUGAGAAAGCAUGCUCCUGGGAUCAAAACGACUGUGGUAAUAAACAAAUCGGAAAUGCUUGAUGCAUUUUCUGGUUCUCUUGACGCUGCUAUAGGUGAAGCUUGUUCUCUAGGAUUUGGAGAUCCUGUGGCUUUGUCUGCUGAAACUGGGUUUGGUCUGUCGGAGCUUCAUGAAGCUCUAAAGCCAUUGCUUGAGGAAUAUAUGCUUCAAGAAUCCUGUGAAGAUACUGAAGUCACUCACCCAGACGGAGAUGAGCAUCCCAUGGUCGGGGAUGCUAAAUUGCCACUGCAAUUGGCUAUUGUGGGGAGACCAAACGUGGGAAAAUCAACUUUGCUCAAUGCAAUAUUAGAAGAAGAUCGUGUUUUGGUGGGACCAGAGGCUGGCCUUACCAGGGAUUCAAUUCGAGUUCAAUUUGAGUAUGAAGGAAGAACCAUAUAUCUUGUUGACACUGCAGGUUGGCUGGAAAGGACACACCAGGAGAAAGGACCAUCAUCAUUGAGCAUCGUGCAAUCGAGGAAACACCUUAUGAGAGCCCAUGUGAUUGCAUUGGUUCUUGAUGCAGAAGAGAUUUCCCGAGGAAGACGGAGCAUGAAGCAUGCUGAAGUAGUCAUAGCAAGACAAGCAGUGGAAGAAGGGCGGGGUUUAGUCGUCAUCGUAAACAAGAUGGACCUUUUUAAAGGGCAAGAGAAUAAGAAGAUCUAUGACUCUAUAGUUAAGGCUGUACCUGAAGAAGUUCAGACGAUUAUACCACAGGUGACGGGAAUACCUGUAAUCUUCGUUUCAGCCCUGGAAGGACAGGGGAAAAUUGAUGUCAUGCACCAGGUAGUGGAUACAUAUGAAAAAUGGUGUUCUCGGUUAACAACAGCUAGGCUUAAUCGCUGGUUGUUAAAGGUAAUGAGCAGACAUUCUUGGAAAGAUCAGUCUUCUCAACCGAAGAUAAAAUAUUUCACUCAGGUAAAGGCAAGACCGCCAACUUUUGUAGCAUUUGUGAGCGGCAAGAAGCAGCUCUCGGAUACAGUCUUGAGGUUCCUAACGAGGUCAUUGAAAGAGGACUUUGAUCUGGGAGGGAUUCCUGUCCGGAUAAUGCAGCGUUCUGUGAUAAAAACCACGGAUUCUAAGAAAAUCGUGCACAAGAACCAACCAACGCCCAAAAGGAUGAAAAUGAGAUCCGACAAGAGAAAGCAAGUUACAAAAGAUGACAACAGCAUCGCAGGAUAG